GCCCAUACUUACAUCUUGAAAUUCAACCACUACAAACAACAAAAGGCCUUGUUGUUUAGCAAGUUUUUUAAGGCAAAUAGAUGAAAAUGAAAUAAAGUUACUGCGAUUAUAUUAUCAACAAAUUUACGGGACCAGAUGGUCUCUAAGUGUUUAUUUCAUUUACUUCGCUUUCCACCCACGCUAGGGUCUUUAUUUGCCGACUGACUCUUUAACAUUGAACUUAAAUUAUUAUUAUUUUUGAAAAACAUACGCGUAGUUUGCCUAUCGAAACUUUCCCCUAAUGAUUUGACAGAGAAUGAGAAAAAGUUUCUGCCUUUAUUCAAGGCAUCCAAGCACGAGGCAUCCAGCGAUAUUUCUUUUUUUUUAAUUAAGUAUGAACACUUGUGCUUCUUUGACAGAGUAAAGAGCAGGUGUCGUGAACGUGAGACGCAAUACCCGCAGUUUCUACCUGCUAGAAUUGCUUUUGCUUACUGCGUCAGUGAACUUUUUUGAAACAGUCGUUUAGUUCGCCUUGUUAUCGCAAUUACAAAGCGUUGAUAAACGUGUCUAAAAUAAGCAAAUUUCGGUUAUUUUCAAACGUUGAAACAGCUGUUCUGGUCGACUAGAUUGGAUAUCAAAGUAUUGUGUGAUAUAGUGGCGACCACAAAAGUCGAAAAUUUCUCGAAAAAACUGGUGGAUUUUUGCAACAAUCUCAGUAAAUUUCCUGUAACGAAUUUUGGAACAUUAACGUUUAGAGUCCAGUCUUCCUAAAUUGGGCGCGUUCCAAACAAACAAAAUGGCGGCCAACGAAGACGGAAUGUCUGGGGAUUCGUCUGUCUUUGGUGGGCCACAGCAACCGGUGCGCGUGCUACGGGUGGCUGUUUUGCAAGCAUCUGACUUGGCGAAAAAGGACAUAUUUGGACUGAGCGAUCCAUAUUGCAGAAUUGUUCAAAAGAACUUCGAUGAUACUGUAAUUUAUCAUGUUAGAACUGAUACAAUAAAAAAGACUUUAAACCCAGAAUGGAAUGAAGUAUUUGAUCUGAGCGUUGAUCAAACCACCCACAAACUUUCAUUUGAAGUUUUUGAUGAGAAUAGAUUGACCAGAGAUGAUUUUCUUGGACGAGUAGAUAUGCCACUAACUAACAUCCCUACAAUGCAGGAAAACAUGGAUAUUAUACCCAAGGAUUAUAAUCUGAACCGCAGAAGCCUGCGGUCCAGAGUAAAAGGAUCUCUGAAGCUACUUUUAUAUUUUAUUCGCGAUGGAAAUGCACCGUCAGCUCCGCCGGAAGACGUCCAGGACGAAGUCUUCCAUGAGAACAAUGAGAUCGCUGCCCGUCCCUCGCCGUUUGGUAUCCGUCGUUCCCAGAGCUCAAUGCGCCGCGUGACCGUCACGAUGCCUGAUGUCGAGGAGCCUUCAGCGCCCACUCAGCUUCCUGUUUUGCCUGCAGGCUGGGGUGAAAGACAGGACGCCAAUGGAAGAACGUACUAUAUCAACCACAGAACGAGAACAACGUCUUGGACUAGACCAACCGUGGCAGGCGAUACAGAACAAAACAAUAUUUCAUCAACCAUACUCAUUCCUUCUGCUCCGAACUUUGAGCGACCACAUAUUGAAAGAAAUCAGUAUUCACUUCGACGGCAUUUAAGUGUCGAAAACGAUGUGGAAGACAACAGACAUGCGCGUGAGGUAGCCGAGAUCGACCCACUUCCACCUGGCUGGGCAGUGCAGUAUACUAACACUGGAAGAGCUUUCUUUCUUGACCAUAACACUCAGAGAACUACGUGGACAGAUCCUCGGCAUACGUUAGACUCCCCAUUAGGUCGUUCACCUGAGGCACCAGCCCCAACGAUUUCAGAAACACAAGAUCUUGGUCCCUUACCGGACGGCUGGGAAGAGCGAGUUAACCAAGACGGAAAGAAAUUUUAUAUUGAUCACAAUACCCGUUCAACGCAGUGGGAAGAUCCCAGAUUCACAAAUAAUCAAGAACCAACCAAGGCUGUGCCGUACUCGCGAAGUUAUAAAAAGAAAUACGAUCUAUUCCGAUCACAACUUAAGAGACCGAAAAAUGUGCCAAACAAAUAUGACAUCAAUGUACGGAGAGAACAUGUUCUGGAAGAUUCAUUCCGAGCUGUGACAAACGCUCCCAACCCUGACCACCUAAAAACCAGACCGUGGGUCAUAUUUGAUGGUGAAGUUGGCCUGGAUUACGGAGGAGUUCAGAGGGAGUGGUUUUACCUCCUUUCAAAGGAAGUCUUUAAUCCAUACUAUGGCCUCUUCGAGUACUCCGCAAAUGAUACGUACACACUGCAAAUCAAUCCUAACUCGGGGAUAUGCAAUGAAGAACAUUUGAAGUACUUUAAGUUCAUUGGUCGAGUUGCUGGCAUGGCUGUUUAUCAUGGAAAGCUAUUAGAUGCCUUCUUCAUCAGACCGUUUUACAAAAUGAUGUUGGGCAAGAAGAUUGACCUCAUUGACAUGGAGAGUGUGGAUUCUGAAUACUAUAACAGCUUGCAGUGGAUCUUAGACAACGACGCGGAGGUCCUGGAUCUAACGUUUUCUGUUGACGAGGAAGUGUUGGGUCAGGUUCAAGUUGUAGAACUCACGCCAGGAGGCGCUAAUAUCAAACUGACCAACACAAACAAAUCUGAUUACAUACGUUUGAUUAUUGAGUGGAGGUUUGUGAAUCGUGUUGAAAAACAAAUGAAAAAGUUUAUGGAGGGCUUCAAUGAGUUGGUACCACAGAAUCAAUUGAAGAUGUUUGACGAGAGAGAACUGGAGCUUCUGAUGUGUGGUGUUGCUGUUGUGGAUAUUGAUGAUUGGAGAAAGAAUACGAUGUACCGAGGGGAAUAUCAUGAUCAACAUUCGAUUAUACAAUGGUUUUGGAAGGCAGUACAGUCGUUCAACAUGGAAGAUCGCGCGUGUUUACUUCAAUUCGUCACUGGGACAUCUCGUGUUCCAAUGAAUGGUUUUGCCGAGUUGUAUGGUAGUAAUGGACCGCAGAAAUUCACCAUUGAACCUUGGGGAAAGGCUCAUUCGUUGCCAAGAGCGCAUACAUGUUUCAAUCGUCUAGACCUGCCCAAAUUCAGCAGUUACCAUGAACUUAAAGAAAAGCUAAAGCUAGCGAUCUACAACACAGAAGGAUUUGACGGCGUAGAUUAAUGAAACUUGCGAAGCUAUACGAUAAUAGAAUUAAUACAGUCGACGAACCCGAGGUUGGGCAUAUCUAGGUUGCAAUAUUUUGCACAGAAUUUGAAGAAUGAAUUGAAUUAGUGUCCGACUAUAAAAUUUUGUUGUAUCAUCUACUUCCGAAGUCGAACAAAUACGAACAGGCUUUUACAUAGACAUAGUAAUUUCUAUUAUCCAAACUUAAUCCAGUUUGAUACAGACAGAAUAUGUAGCCGCUGAAAACUACCCACUCUCAUGAACCUGAGCUCAAUGUAUCACUGGAGUACUAUUUGAAAACCUUAUAUUUAGGCGUUCACCAAGGAAUUUUUAUUGUCCAGAAUGACUCGUAUUACGUAUUUAGUUCAGUGAUCUUAUCUUCAACUGACGGAAUUAGAAGCAAAAAGGAGAAUUAUAGUAAUUUAUAGUUAGAUGAUUUCUUUAUUAAUACUAACAAAGUAAAUGUAUAAAACAUUUUAUAAAGAUUAUAUUAUACAGCUUGUUAUUAACAAUUGUUAGUAAUGCUCUACUUUAAGCAGGUAAAUAUUAUUGUAGAAAUUCAGUUUUUCCAAUCGUACUAAUUUGGCAAUUGAGGUAAACUAUUUAACG